AUGGUUGACCAUAUCUCCCCCCGGGCAUCUCCCGGACCGAUCCGUUCCUCCCAGACUCGCCGCGCCCGAAAGCUCCGGGAUAGCUGUACGAGUUGUGCCAGCUCAAAAGUGCGAUGCACCAAGGAGAAACCGGCCUGUGCUCGGUGUAUCGAACGUGGUCUUGCCUGUCAAUACAUGGUCUCCAAGCGGAUGGGCCGCAAUCCGCGCGCUCCCAGUCCCCUUGAUUCAACUCGGCGACCAUCAGAGAGUCUUCCUUCAGCCAGGUCGGAACAGGGACUUCCGGCGCAUAACACGUACUCAACGCCUCAUGCUCAUACCCAGGCCCACACUCAUGCUCAUUCUCAUCCGCAACCGCAUCCACAAUCUCAUCCUCAAUCGAAUCAACCACCACACGCUCUGCCCACCCCGAAUGGUAGCAGUAGCGUCUCCGCCAUCUUUUCUCAUCAGAGUCCGCCGCCACCCGUGGAGACCCAGGGCCUUGGAGGAGAUCUGGCUGGUCAGGAGCAAAGCACCCUGUCUUCCCUAACAGUCGAUUCGGAAUUCGGGGGCUCGUUGCAGUCAAUGGAACACGGAAACCAUGCCGAUUUCUUGGCCGAGUCGACGGGGAGUCUUUUCGACGCGUUUUUGGAAGUAGGGACCCCCAUGAUCGACCCGUUCCUCGAGUCGGCCCCACUACCACCGUUUCAGGCGCGCUAUUGCUGCUUUUCGCUAGCACUACAAACACUGACCCACCUCUUCCCCCACGCCCCGCUGGGCUGUCAACUACGGCUGACGGACGGUGAGGACAGUUCGUACAACCUGAUGACGACUGAUAUGGUCAUCUCGGGGAACAAGAGGGCUACCGAUGCGGUCCGGAAGAUCCUCGGGUGUUCGUGCGCGCAGGAUGGCUACUUGCUGAGCAUGGUCGUCCUUAUCGUUCUCAAGGUGCUGGCAUGGUAUGCUGCGGCAGCAGGCACCCAGUGUACCUCAACGGCGGCGAGUGGAGAAACCAACAGUGGCAGCUGUAGCAACAGUCCCGCCACCGUGUCCAGUGGCUGUCUGACGGAAGAGCGCGUGCUGCACCUCCCUAGUAUGGUGGGCGAGGAUUGUGUGGAUGAGGAAGACCAGCCGCGAGUGGCGGCACAGCUUGUUCUGAGCGAACUGCACCGAGUCCAGUCGCUGGUGAACCUAUUGGCCAAGCGCCUGCAAGAAGGUGGAGACGAUGCAGCAGGGAUACCGGCGCACCAUCCAGCGUCCCCUUUCUCACUACUCGGGUUUAGUGGCCUCGAAGCAAAUCUCCGCCACCGCUUGCGCGCCGUGUCCUCCGACAUUAUUGAUUACCUGCAUCGAGAAUGA